AUGAGCCUCAUCUCAAGUCAUUUGUUGGUGGACUAGCAACUCUAAUUGUUAGAGUUGGAGUCUUCAUCUAUUGCAUUAUUCAACUAAUUAGUGUUCUAUCAAGAACAGCAACUAUCUAGGCUUCGUUUUAUAGAUGAGAUCUUAUCAAAGACUCUACUGAAUACCAAUUAACAUUAAAGAAUUUCGAUUAUGGAGUAGUUUAGCUAGAAUAUCUAUACUUGGGUGAAGGAUUCCAAAGGGAAUAAUGUCUUUCAGAAAAAGAAAAUUAAAACAGAGCUUGCAAACUGUAAAGAUGGAAGACUUGGCUUGAAUCCUGGGGGCUAAGACUAUCUGGGAUUGAAAACUGGAUAUCAGUGCCCAAAAGAUAUAAACUAUCAAAUUAAAGGAACCUUUUCUGGACAGUAGUCUAAAUUUAUUCAAGCAUCUGUAAGAGAUUGCAAUUAAACCUAUCUUGAUGAAGUGUAUAAUAAGACAAAAAAAUGUAAAUCUCCCAAGGAGAUCGCAAGAGUAUCAUCUUUACUGAAACUGUACUUUGUAGUAGAAAAUUCAUACUUUGAUGAGACUGAUUAUUCUAACAAUGCAGUAAAGAAGUUUUUAAAACCUUAUUAUCUCACAUCUAAAAACAAUACCAGCAUGUACUAUUACAUGCUUAUUAGUUAGAAUGAAAUAAACAAACAAGACAACUUAUUUUUAGAGAAUUCAGAGCUAGAUACUUUCCUUGAAACAAGAAUCGACUAUUCUGUCUAGUAAGAGUUGGAAGCCGUUGAUGCCUACAAUAAUGCUUAUAUAGCUAUCUACAUCUAAAUGGAUGAUUAAGUUAAGACAGUAAACAGAAAGUUGAUGACAUUUUUGGAUGCUCUUGGUAACACAGGAGGUUUUAUGAGCAUAUUAUUUGUUAUCGCUUUUGCAAUGAUCUAAUACUUUUAAAAGACUAUAUACUACACCUCUUUAAUUAAAAGCCUGUUUGUUUAUCAAACUGACGUGAAUCAGCAAGAUCCUAAUAAAGAACAAAACGAUAAGAGUAAUGAUUAAUACUAAUAAUAUUAGAAGGAAUAAGAUCAAAAUAGUGAGAACAGUGAAUAAAAGACAUUAGAAUAUUACCCAGAAAGUCAGAGGAAAAUGGCAGAGAACUAAAGUUUAUUCAGGAAAAUAUUUGACUAAUUAAGAAACAGAGAAAAGCUUCAUUACAGUAUUACAGAUGCUGUUGAGGCUUAGAUUAAGAAAUUUGGUUGCUGCUGUAGAAAAAUAUCUCGUGAAAAAGCUCUAAGAGAUUUCCUAUAUAAUAAAGGAAUACUUAAGAUACACAAAGAACUAGACCUUAGAUAUGUAAUAAAGGAAUUGAGAACUUUGAGAUUUAUUUCAAAUAUACUGUUGAAUAAACAUUAAAGAUUCUUGCUUCCAUACUUUAAAGCUAAUCUUCUGAAUCAUUAACCUUAAAAACGCUUUGACGAUUAAGACAAACUAAGUAACUAUUUGAAUAAAGCUAUAUAAAGAUAAGAUCAAGCAAAAAUAGAUAAAAGAAUACUUAAAUACAUCGAACUAUCAGAUGAUGAUUAAGUUGAAGUAAAGAUAAUGCCAGACAAAUUAGAAAACACUAAUUCUCCUAUUCUAUAGAACAAUGCGACUAAAAGCAUUGAUAAUACUGAUGUCUAAUCAUAAACAUAAUCUUAAUAAAAAUCAAUACCUAAUAAGAGUGGAUUAAAUAAAUUAAAAUUUAUAAUAACAAACGAAUAGUUCUUGAAAAAAUCAAGCUUAAAAGAGUUUAAAUCUGCAUCGCUUAAAUACCCUUUAAAAUAAUCACUCAAAUAAACUAUCAAAGUUUAGCCUUCGGGAGGAAAUCAAGGUUAAGUUCAAGAAUAAUAACUUUAGUUGGGAGCCACCACAAAUAACAUUUAAAUUAACAUCAAUAGCAAUAACAAUACCAUUAAAAAUAUUUAACAAAAUCAUGAUAUAAUCACUCACGCACAGGAUCAUAUUAAAACCUUAGGAUUAGGUACAAGAAAUGAUUUUAUCAGCGAUAAUACUUUUAUCAACAACACUUUUCUGAACGACAUUACUGCUAAUUAAUAUGAUGAUGAAAAUGAGGAUAUAUUGAUGGAUAUAUAAAGAGUGAUGGAUCCAGAUCUAGAUUAUAUUGAUGAAGAAGAGAGAGUGAUCUCACAUUAUGACUGA